AUGGCAACAUCGGCCAUCUUCGAGAAGCUGGUGCUACACGCGCCUCAUUGGUCUGGCAAACAAUUCUUGCCAGCCUUCAUUUAUGGGACAGCAUGGAAGAAGGAGUCCACCACCGAUCUUCUCUAUCAAGCCCUGAAUAAUGGAUUUACUGCCAUCGACACUGCCGCCCAACCCAAGCAUUAUAGAGAAGACCUUGUUGCUGCUGGAGUGUCGAGGGCGAUCAAGGAUGGCAAAAUCAAGCGAUCAGAGAUUUACUUACAAACCAAAUUCACCAGUGUUGCAGGUCAAGAUCCGGAAAAUAUGCCGUAUGACGAGAACAGUCCGCUUGUAGAGCAGGUGGCUGCUUCCGUCACGUCGUCGCUUCGCCACUUCAACUUUGCAAAUGUGGUCAAGGACGAUGAUUCGGCAGAGCCAUAUAUUGACACAUUAGUUCUUCAUUCAGCCCUGCAGUCGAUAAACGAGACAAUGGACGUGUGGCACGCCCUGGAGCAGUAUGUUCCAAAUAAAAUCAGGAACCUGGGCAUCUCAAACUGUAAUUUGUUCACCUUGAUGGAUGUCUAUGAGCGUUCGACAAUCAAGCCCAGUGUGGUACAAAAUCGAUUCUAUCCCAGCACCAAGUUCGACAUAGGGGUACGCAAAUUCUGUCAAGAGAAAAAUAUCAUCUAUCAGAGUUUCUGGACUUUGUCCGCCAAUCCACAACUCACUCGGUCCAGCGAGGUCGGGGCCUUAGCAAGUCAGCUUGACAUUAGCCCAGAGUCAGCCUUAUACUGUCUAGUGCUCGGGCUGGGUAAUGUGACCAUCCUGAACGGCACAAAGAGCCUUGAGCACAUGCAGGAGGACUGGAAGGCUGUACCAAAGGCCAAAGAGUUUGCAGAGUCCUACCCAGAACACUGGAAGAGCGCGAUGGCGAAAUUCAGAAAGCUCAUUGGACAGCCACAACCGUAA